AUGCUGGCUGACACAAAGACUUACAAUGCGUCUGCUAUUGCUGGUAACGCCAAGGUCCACGCUCAUGGCAAAAAAGUGCUUGGUGCUAUGGACAAAGCCGUACACCAUCUAGAUGAUGUGAAACGCGUCCUGGCUGGCCUCAGCAAGCAACAUGCUGAAGAGCUCCAUGUGGAUCCUGAGAAUUUCAAGCGUUUUGGUGAGGUUCUGCUCAUCGUUUUGGCCUCUAAGUUGGGAUCUGAAUUUAGCCCUAAAGUCCAGUCUGCCUGGGAGAAAUUCAUCAAUGUCUUGGUGGCUGCUCUGAGCCAUGGAUAUUACUAA